CACAGCGGUGCUCUGGGAAACGUAGGCGGUGCGCCGCGCCUCCUGCCCGGCCUGGGAGAGGCGUGCGAGUAAGACGGUCGGCCCGCCGCCUGAAUACUCGUGCUCCGCCGCAGAAGAUGGCAGCAGAGGAGGCUGCGGAGACUGGGCUGUCUGCGGAGCGGCUGCAGGAGACCGAGGAGGAGGUGGAGAACGGGAGAAGCCCCGCUGGCGGCAGCAAGGCUGCAGCACUCAAUGGUGAAGUUGACUGUAAAAAAGUGGAAAGCAACAACCUGUCUGUGAAAGUUGGUGAAUCAGAAGUAGAAGCCAAAGAAGAAAGAACAGAUCAUGAAUCCGUAAAGGGACCAGAUAGUAACAUUUUGGAUGUUUCAUCUGAUUAUCCAAGAGAGAAACAUCUUUCCAUUCAAAGACAACUUGCUGAUCUAGAGAAACUAGCUGACCUGAAUGAAGCUGAAAAGAAGCCUUGUCCCUUGUGUCCUGAAGAGAAAUUUAAAGCCUGCUAUGGCCAUAAACUCCAUCGUCAUCUCCAGAAUUUGCACUGGAAAACCUCUGUUGAAUUUGAAGGGUACAGAAUGUGUAUCUGCCACUUACCUUGUCGUACAGCAAAGCCAAACUUCGUUGCAGAUCAGAUGUUUUCAAAGAUGGGAGCACAUUACCACUGUAUUGUCUGUUCAGCAACUAUCACGCGAAGAACUGAUAUGAUAGGACAUAUUAAUCGCCAUGUGAAUAAAGGAGAAACUGAAUCAAGAUUUAUUACAGCUCCUGUUCCCAAGUCAUCUUGUGAAGUGCUGAAAGAGGCAGACACAGAUGUGCAUGUGUUUCCCAACUAUUCCACACCUCAAAAAACAGAUUCCUAUUUUAAUCCGAAAAUGAAGCUUAACAGGCAACUGAUAUUCUGUGCACUAGCUGUUUUAGCUGAGGAACGUAAACCAAUAGAAUGUUUGGAUGCAUUUGGUGCUACUGGUAUAAUGGGAUUGCAGUGGGCAAAGCACCUCAGAAGUUCUGUCAAAGUUACAAUUAAUGAUUGUAAUGAAAAUUCUGUGACAAUGAUUCAGGAAAACUGCCAUUUAAACAAAAUGAAGGUGAAAGUGAACACUAAGGAAGAAGAAAAUGACGAAGCUAUAGGAGGUGGAGAAGAAAAUGCUGACAUCAUUGAGGUGACAAAAAUGGAUGCCAAUGUUAUAAUGCAUUUGAGAUCAUUUGAUUUUAUACAUUUGGACCCAUUUGGAACUUCUGUGAAUUACUUGGAUUCUGCCUUCAGAAAUGUGAGGAAUCUUGGAAUCGUGUCUCUGACAUCCACAGACAUUAGUUCUCUGUAUGCAAAGGCUCAGCAUGUUGCCCUGCGACAUUAUGGAUGUAACAUUGUCCGAACAGAGUACUACAAGGAGCUGGCAGCCAGAACAGUCCUUGCUGCUGUGGCAAGAGCUGCAGCUCGCUGUAACAAAGGCAUUGAAGUCUUGCUCGCAGUAGCCCUAGAACACUUUGUUCUUGUAGUUGUCAGAGUUUUAAGGGGACCAUCUCCCGCAGAUGAUUCAGCAAAGAAAAUAAGAUAUCUCAUCCACUGCCAGUGGUGUGAAGAGAGAAUUUUUCAGAAAGAAGGCAGUAUGGUAGUGGAAAAUCCUUAUCAGCAGCUACCUUGUGAUUGUCAUGGCAGUAUGCCUGGGAGGACAGCAGUUGUUCUUGGUCCUCUCUGGUCAGGUGCUCUCUUUAAUACUGGAUUCCUCAGAAGAAUGCUGUCUGAAGCUGUCCAGUAUGGCUUAGAUGAAGUUCAGCCACUUUUGAAAACCGUAGUUUGUGAAUCUGAGUGUACAACUUCCAAGAAUUUUUCUACCCAUAGUCCUUUUGAUGAAAACAAACAAGAAGAGUGUGGCGUAUAUAUUAAAACACCAGAUACGCUGGCAGAAUCUGAUGUGGUACCUGGUUUCACUGGCCUUUUUUGUGAUUCAGGAAAAAGAAAAAAUAAUGAAGUGACGCAAAAUGCUACCAAGCGACAAAAAACUGACAGCAGUGCUGAGCACCCUGCAUUUUACUAUAAUAUCCACAGACACAGUAUUAAAGGAAUGAACAUGCCCAAGUUAAAUAAAUUCUUAAACUAUCUCUCUGAAGCUGGAUACAGAGUCAGCAGAACCCACUUUGAUCCUAUGGGUGUUCGCACCAACGCACCCUUGGCACAGUUUAAGACUGUUCUCAUGAAGUACAGCACUCCCACAUAUGCUGGAGGGCAAACAGAAGUCCCUCUCCAUCUGACAGAAGAUGUCCAGGUGGGAGACCAGCUUCAAGUGGUUGCAGACAGCAAGGCAAAAGGUGAUGAGUUUCUGGAAGAGAACAAAUAUGGAGACACUGUCACUGUCUUUGCAGAAGACUGUCCUACUCACUGUGCAGCUGAUUAGUCCAGAUCCUUUUGGGAUCAGAACUUGCAACUACGCUCUGUUCAAGUACACCAGUAUUCCUUGCAGACCUUGAGUUUGACAGUUUGAAACCCCUGCAAUUUUUUGGGGGGAGGAAAUUUUUGGGGGGAGGUUUAGAAUUCUAGAACUUAGCACUGAAUGCAGCAGUAUGCAUGGUCAAAACGCUUUUCCUGUGGGAAAGUUUUUAGAUAGUUGGUUCUUUCACACUCACAUCCACUUUUACACUGAGCAUUGUAGCUAGCGCCAAGUCUUUGUGCAGCCUUAUUCAAGCUGCUAGAACAGGACCCAAAAGAGUGGGGCCAAAAGUCUUAAGCAUUUCUGAACAUAAAUUUAGUUUGAAUCAGACAAUCAUUUCUAAAACCUGGCCAGUUAAAAUUCAAAGGGAGGUCACAAAAUACUGCAGGACAAAAUGUGAUGUGAACUGAAGCAAGCUGGAAAGUGCUAACUUGGUGCACUUCUAACUCCACUUCUAACUCCACAUUGCUCAUGUAAUUUGGCCUUUGGUUUCAUUUCUGUAGAUCUACCUACAGGCAAAAUCCUAACAAAAAUGAGAAUGGAAAGGAACCUUUGCAGAGCUGUCACAUAAUCUUCAGUUCCAAACUAAGCUUUAGUGAUUUGUCUUCAUUGAUUCUAGUAGUUUGUUUGCUCUGAGGUUUAAUUUGGUUGUUCACUUAAAAAAAGUGUAUCGUGACCAGACAUCACAAUCUGAAGUUCCAGAAUAAUUUAAUAAUACAGUUUGCUGUUGAAAGAUCUCUUCAGUGACUGAGCAAAGAUGCUAUUUGUUGGUAGUCAUUUCGGGUUUCUUUAAAUACAUGGCAACAUUCCAGCCAAACAAA